GUUCCCCAAAGCCAGUGGAGAAGAACCAAGUGGAGUCCCAGUUGACGAAUCUCAAGGCAUCCGAGGAAGAGAACGGAAACUCUCGUCAAGGAUCAAAAGGCUUUAAGACUGAGAGUGGCCGAUUCCAGACCGAGAGCGGCCGAUUCCACUAUUCAGUGACAGGAAUGCAGCUUCCAGAGUCUCCUCAACGGCGAUCCAGCAAAGGCGUCAAAUAUUCCAACACUGGCAUGCCCCUGUACGACGAGGGGGACGCCAACAUUACACCACCGAUGAGGAAGCCCAGCAACAGCGCCAAGUGGUCGGAAAAGAGUGCCAGUGGCAAAUGGGCUGCGAACUCGAACAGUGGCGGCGGCUUCUUCGCCAGACAGAAUUCAGCGAGCCAGAACGAGCUGAAGCGCCAGGUGUCGACGUCCGAGAGCAAGAACAAGUGGACAGCCAAUGCAAACAACCAGAACGGGAGCUCGAAGCACUUCUCUCUCACAGGCAUGCCAAUGCCGGAGCCAGACGAGAAGAAGAAGGCGUCAUUGAAGAAAAUGUACUCAAACACCGGCAUGACUGGUGAACUUACAGAAGUUGGAGAUUUGCACGAGAAGGACGGCACAGGUAGCUUCUUGGCCCUGGGAUCCGAUGGGCGCUUCCUUUACUCGGUGGCCAAGGAGGGAGCGGCCGCCUUCAGCGUUGAACCUUCUGGUACCUUGACACACCUCAACACGGUGAAAUGUGAUGUCUCAGGCGGUGCCCAUGUGGCUGUGGCCUAUGCAGGGUCUGCUGGCAUGGUCAUCAGCGCGGCCUACCAUGGUGGUGGAGUGAACCUGCUGAAAAUCAAGCCGGAUGGAAGCCUGGGGGAGGCCUCCUCCAUCUUGCACAAGGGCGAGGGUGAGGCACAUCCUCACUCCUGUUUGAUUGACGAGAGAGGAAAGUAUGGUUUGAUCUCCGAUCUUGGCCUGGACAGAAUCUAUGUCUACCGUUUGGAUGUUGCUGCUGGAGCUUUGAUUGAGGAAGAGGUUCUGAGUACUGCUGCCAAAGCUGGGCCCAGACAUAUGUGUUUUCAUCCCAAGGGCCGGUUUGUGUAUGGCAUCAAUGAGCUGGACUGCACUAUCAAUGUGUACGCCUUUCGCAAGGACGAUGCAAUUCUUGGCCCAAUCUUGCAGACUGUGUCCACUUUGCCAGAAGGUUACAACAACCAUGAUCAUGGCAAUGCCAAGAAUGUGAAAGGCGAUCCAGCAUCUGGCCCGAACCGCCCGGAUCAAACGAAUGCCACUGCAGAUAUUCACAUCUCUCCUGACGGCAGAUUCCUGUAUGGCUCCAACCGUGGUCACGAUAGUUUGGUAUGUUUCAGCAUUGCCAGAGAUGGCUUGCUCAAGCUGGUGGGCUUUACCUAUACUGGAGGGGAGCACCCUCGGAACUUCAGCAUUCAUCCAUCUGGAAACUGGAUCUUGGUGGCCAACCAGGACAGCGACAACGUGGUGGUUUUUCGACGGGACCGACGCUCGGGGGAGCUUGAAGAUUCUGGCAAAAGAGUGAACAUGAAGACAGCCAGGUGCAUUCUUUGGGGCAAUCCGCGGAGGAAAUUGAGAAAACCCACCUGGCACACUGUGGCUGAUUUGACUCCAGAGCAAAAGGGAGUCAACCUCUAUGUGAAGGUUGUCAAAGUGCUGAGUGUGGGAGACUCAGGUCUUGGCUUUUGGCGACAGCGUAUUGCAUUGGAGGAUGGUCAGGAUGUGAACGAGGUGGUCCUGGGUGAUGCGACUGGAGUGGUGACUCUCCGACCUCGGGAGGAACAAGUGCAAAGCUGCGUGGAAGGCUCUAUUCUUCGCAUCCAGAAUGCCAACAUCCGCAUGGUGGCCAACCAUAUUCGGCUGGAGGUAAGCAAGUGGGGAGUGUUGAAAGCAGACGAGCACGAGGACUUCGAGCCUUGCACCAGCAAUGAUAUCUCCGCGGUGGAAUACGAGUUGAAAUAA